ACUCGGAAGUUGCGGUUACUAUGGACGCCUCAGGUCGCAGAGAAGAUGGAACCGGAGGAGCCGAGCUGUUUACGGUGGAGCUGCCGGGACGUCGGGGGCUGGAUCCGGCGGAAAGGAUUCCCGCAGUAUGAGGCCUGCUUCACCGAGAACGGCAUCAGCGGGCGGAGGCUGAUCCACGUCACCUGCAGCGCCCUGCCCCAGCUCGGGGUGACGGACUUCGAGGACAUGAAGGCCAUCGCCCAGCUGGUGCGGGAUUUGCUGGGGGUGACAGAGCCGUCCUGGAGCCGAAGCAUCGCCCUGCCUCGCAGAGACAACAUGGGGCUUUACCUGGAGCAGAAAUCUCAGAGCGGACGCAACCGCGAGCUGCUCAGCUACAGCCGCUUCACCCGGGAGCAAGGACUGUAGUCAGCACUGCUACACCGUACACUGUAAUAAACAGGUGCCUCAUGUGAGUGAGGGGCCC